GGUGAGCGGUGCAGCCAUAUUAACGCGCUUCGAGUUCAGCAGAGGGGAGUAUCCGCGGCUGCAGCCUUGCCAUAGAACCAUCUCAUCUCAAAUCCCACUUGCUCUGGAAGGCACUGUGGAAACGUCAUCUCGUAGGCUAUCCGAGGUAUUUGGAAACCAAAGGUACAGCUCCGCGCACAAACUCAGGAGAAGGAAACAAAAUGCCUAAAGCUGUCAAUGUUCGCGUCACCACCAUGGACGCUGAGCUGGAGUUUGCCGUUCAGCCCAGCACCACUGGCAAACAGCUCUUUGACCAGGUGGUAAAGACCAUUGGCUUGAGGGAAGUCUGGUACUUUGGCCUUCAGUAUAUGGACGCCAAAGGAUACCAUACCUGGCUGAAGCUUGACAAAAAGGUGUCGUCCCAGGAUGUGAAGAAGGAGAACCCGCUGCAGUUCAAGUUCCGCGCCAAGUUCUUCCCCGAGGACGUCUCUGAGGAGCUGAUCCAGGACAUCACCCAGAAGCUGUUUUUCAUGCAGGUGAAGGAGGGCAUCCUGAGCGAUGAGGUCUACUGCCCCCCAGAGACCGCCGUGCUGCUGGCCUCCUACUCCGUCCAGGCCAAGUUCGGAGACUUCACCCGGGACCUCCACCGGCCAGGCUACCUCACCUCAGACCACCUGCUGCCCCAGCGUGUUCUGGAGCAGCAUAAGUUGUCCAGGGAGCAGUGGGAGGAGAGGAUCCAGGUGUGGCACGAGGAACACCGUGGAAUGCUCAAAGAGGAUGCCAUGCUGGAGUACCUGAAGAUCGCCCAGGACCUGGAGAUGUACGGCGUCAACUACUUUGACAUCAAAAACAAGAAGGGGACCGAGCUGUGGCUGGGUGUGGACGCCCUUGGACUCAACAUCUACGAGAAGGAAGACAAACUGACCCCGAAGAUUGGCUUCCCCUGGAGCGAGAUCAGAAACAUCUCCUUCAACGACAAGAAGUUCAUCAUCAAGCCCAUUGACAAGAAGGCCCCGGACUUUGUGUUCUACGCCCCUCGCCUGCGCAUCAACAAGCGCAUCCUGCAGCUGUGCAUGGGCAACCACGAGCUGUACAUGCGCCGCCGCAAGCCAGACACCAUCGAGGUGCAGCAGAUGAAGGCCCAGGCCAGCGAGGAGAAACACCAGAAACAGUUGGAGAGGGCCCAGCUGGAGAACGAGAAGAAGAAGAGGGAGGCCAUCGAGUUAGAGAAGGAGCAGAUGGAGAGAGAGAAGCAGGAGCUAAUGAUGAGGCUCUACCAGUUUGAGGAGAAGACCAAGAAGGCAGAGAAAGACCUUCAGGAGCAGAUGCAACGUGCCAUGCAGCUGGAGGUGGAGAGGAGGAAGGCGGAGGACGAGGCUGCCCGCCUGGAGGCUGAGCGUCAGGCCGCCCUGCUGGCCAAGGAGGAGCUGGCCCGUCACGCCCAGGACCAGAUGCACAACCAGGAGCAGCUGGCUGCGGAGCUGGCCGAGCACACGGCUAAGAUCGCCCUGCUGGAGGAGGCCAAGAGACGCAAGGAGGAAGAGGCCGACACAUGGCAGCACAGGGCCCAGGAGGCCCAGGAAGACCUGCUGAAGACCAAGGAGGAGCUGCACAUGGUGAUGACGGCUCCUCCUCCGCCGCCCCCUCCCCCCAUGUUUGUGGAGGUGCCCAUGUUCGUGGACAACCACGAGGUGACGACUCCGGCGGAGGAGCAGAACGACCACGACAGCGAAGAGAACAACAGCACAUACAGCGCCGACCUGCAGAACGAGGGCUUCCAUGAUCACCGCCUGGAGGAGGAGCGUCUCACUGAGACCGAGAAGAAUGAGCGCGUGCAGAAACAGCUUAUGGCCCUGAGCUCGGAGCUGGCCCAGGCGCGUGACGACACUAAGCAUACCCAGAACGACCUGCUCCACACAGAGAAUGUGCGCGCCGGCCGGGACAAGUACAAGACCCUGCGGCAGAUCCGAUCGGGCAACACCAAGCAGAGGAUCGACGAGUUUGAGGCCUUAUAAGAGGGCCCUUUCUUCCUAGGCCACGAGGGCCUCACAGCCACGUACCCUUUCUGAAUAGUGUCUGAACUCAUCCCCUCCACUGCUACACGCACACGCAGACACACACACACACACGGAGACAGACACACAUGCACGUCAGUGCACAAACAUUUGACAUUCUAGUCAUUUAGCAGACGUCCUUAUCCAGAGCGACUUACAUUUAGUGAAUUCAUCACACCUACAAGAGCAGUAUGAAGAGUGAGUGACACACUUUUACUACAGUAGUUACUCCUUAGCUCCCUAACUUCUUUAAUAAACUGUCAGG